AAGUCACUAAGCGGACGCCAUACCAAAUAGGCCAAGUAUUCGGUUACUCGCAUCUGCUCAAUAUUCAAAUACAGGUUUUUUUUUUUCUGAACCGCAACUUUGAGAAAUUACUAAUCCAACUUAUUCAAUCGAGAGAUGUGCUGAGAGAAAAUAAUGCCUUCUUGAGUCGUUAUCACCCUUGAAUUUUAACUUUUCAUUUGACACCACGAUGAAAACUAGUAAUCCAAGCUGAAAUGAGAUGUCGGGUUAACAAAAUGGUGAGGAACAAUUUUGAAGUCUCUACAGGAUCGGUUAGAAACUUAUAAAAAGAAAACUCCACCCCCAAGAAAAGAAAUGGCCUAUGACACAGACGGAGGUGACGAUGAUCUGCCACUUAACAUUAUUGACUAUGUUCAGUUGGCAAUCUAUCCACUCAUUCUGCUGUUCGGUUCUAUCGGCAAUAUCCUGGUCAUACUCGUGAUUCGAAACAAGAAGAAGCAUCGAAAAAUCAAUGACUGUUUUAUCUUAAAUCUAGCGAUUAGCGAUCUCUGCAUGCUCACAAUAAGUAUCUCCAUGGAUUUUUACCUCAAAUUCAGGAAAUUUCCUCUUGGUGACUUGCUUUGCAAAGGGGUCUGGCCCCUUAUGACGAUGUGUUUAUUUGCAAGCGUGUUCACGCUGACCUGUAUGGCGAUAGAGCGCUGGCGCACCAUCGUCAAACCGCUGUCUCUAAGGCUCCCGGUCUCCAAAGUCCUUUGUAUCCUCGUGUUAACCUGGCUCGCGGGGUUGGCGUGUGUAUCGCCACUGACAUUCGUUGCUUAUCACCGAGGGCGCGGCUGCGCCGAACGCUGGCCUAGCUUCGCCAUGAGGCAAGCGUACACGAUGGCGGUUGUUCUAUUUCAAUACGCCAUUCCUCUUUUCAUCAUCACCAUCGCUUAUGCAAGAAUUGGAAUCUUCCUCAAGCGCCGCGCUAAAUUUAAAAUUUCCGACGCAUGCACACGGAUAGCAGUGAUCAGGAGAAACGCGAACAAUGCCAAAAUUAACAAGAACUUGCGCACUAUAGUCAUCCUUUUUGCGAUCUUCAUGCUGCCCAAACAAGUGCUCUGGCUGUGGUUGGACUUUAGUAGCGGUGGUGAUUUCCAGUACUUUGGCGAUGCCUUGAUUUUCAGUGAAAUUUUGCUCUACGUUCACAGCUCAACCAAUCCAGUUGUUUACGGUACAAUCUUGAAUGAAUAUCGCUCGGGGAUUUGCCACUAUCUGAGGCGUAUUUUUCCUUUCCUCGGGGGACGUUUUACAAACGGAACUCAAGUUCAUCCAAGUCAGAGGGUUUUGGAUAUGAAGGCUUCCCACAGUCAUUCUAUGGCUUUGGCAAAUCAAAGGUCUUAUCAAUUACAAAGUAUAGAGAACGUUGCAUGACGAAGGAAAACUGUGUCUAAUUUUUCCAUAUUCAGUGUAUACAUUGUGUUAUAUAAUAAGCCUGAAAGCUGAAAAUGGCAUCUCCUUUUUUGUGACAAUUUGCGGCAUGUUUAGAACGCAUUUAACAAUGAACAUAGUAAACUCUUAAUGUAUUUCAUGCAAGAAUAUUGUCCAAGAUGGUUUUGUAGUUUUUGAAAAAGCACUUAAUCAGCAUUUUAUGAUUAUUAAAGUAAUCAUAACCCGUGUUGCAACAGUUUGAAAGGGCCAAAGUUAAUGUGAUUAAGACAUAGAAGUCUUUCUUCUCCUUCUAGCCUUUUGCCAACCUGAAAUAAUAACGUUCUUAACAAACAAAAUCAACAAAGUUGUUUGUUGUAAAUAUAUAGAGCUAUGUCACCCCUGAACUUGGUCAGUUUUGAGGCCCUUGAGUGUCAUUGAUUAAAAACAAACUAUAACGGUAAUAAUAAUAAUAAAAAAUGUGUUCACUGUCUUGAUUAGCAUGAUGGGUUCCUCC